AUGCCGUUUGAGCAGAAGGACUUACAUGAUGAAGUUGCAAAGCAGAACGAACAGGUGUUUGAUCAGGGAGAUGCAAAAGCCAUGUUUGCCUACUUUAACAGGAUGGUGGAGGACAAUGAUAAAUUCUUUUAUAAAUAUCGAGUUGAUGAAGAAUGUCGGUUGAAAGAUGCGAUAUGGAUUGAUGCUAGGAGCAGGGCAGCCUAUGAGGAGUUUGGUGACAUUGUUGUGUUUGACUCAGCCUACCUCACUAAUGAAUAUAAGCUUCCGUUUUGUAACUUUGUUGGCGUGAACCAUGAUGGGCAGACCAUUCUGCUUGGAUGUGCUCUUGUUAGUCACGAGACAGCUGAAACUUUUGAAUGGGAGGAACUACACCAAGCCGUGUACGACAGCCUAGACUGUGAGGAAUUUGAACAACGGUGGCCAGAGGUUAUUAAGAAGUACAAAGCUGAGGAUGAUCAAUGGCUGGAAGGGUUGUUUGAGGAAAGGGCUAUGUGGGUCCCUGCUUUUUUGAAACAUUUGUUCUGGGCAGGGAUGAAAACCACUCAGAGAGUUGAGAGUAUUCAUAGCUUCUUUGAUGGAUAUUUGAGCAAACACACUUUGUUACAUGAAUUUGUGGAGAGGUAUGAAGAAGCGCUCUCGGUUAGAUCAACAAGUGAAAAGAAGGCUGAUGAUAACAACGCUAGAUAUGUAAGGAAGGCCUACACAAAUUUUCCUGCUGAGCUUUUAUUCCAGAAGAUCUACACGGAUGCGAAAUUCAAAGAAGUGCAGCGUGAAUGUAGUCGUAUGAUGUAUGUCAGUGCAAUUGAGAAAAGACAGGUUUCUGAACAUGUUGAGCAUGUUAUUGAGGAUAGAGUUUGGUUCAAGCCCAAGAACUCAUCGAAAGAGAAACCGUCCAAGCGUAAGCGGAGAUAUGUGGUGACCUUUGACAUUGUAAGUAAGGAUGCUUGUUGUGAAUGCAAGUACUUUGAAUGUCAUGGAAUUAUCUGUCGUCACAUAAUUAAGGUAUAUGAGUUGAUGAUCAUGCAGAUAUUCCAGACAAGUUCAUCUUGGGGCGUUGGAGGAAAGAUGUCAUAA